AUGGAUCAUCAGUCGAAAGCUGCCAUCCCCAGUCACCCGGUCUCUACGAUGCGGGCGGAGGACGCAGCAACUACCGAUCCCAACCGCUCUGCGCCCCACAAUCCCACCAAUACCAGAGACACACUCGCAGAACUUGCAAAGCAGAAUAUGGCCCCGUUUCUUGCCAAGCACCAACCCCGACAGUAUGCGCCUUUGCGUUCGCAGGUUGGAGCACCCUCCGAGCACCGGCCGGUCAACGCCAGCUACUGCUAUCGCCACCAACCAGACUCGAAAUGCAGACGACAAGCGGAUGAGCAGUCGAAGCGCCAGUUGCAACGGGAAUUGGAAACACUACCCCAGAGUGACCAGCAGGGCAUCGCGCAUGUCUGGUCUUUGUUCUCGGCUGCUCCAGCCAAACAGCGAACGUUGAUGCUCCAAGGGAUUCUAGCUCAGUGCUGUUUCCCUCAACUGUCCUUCAUCUCUGCCAGCGUCCGUGAACUGAUCCGAAUCGACUUCCUCGCCGCCCUCCCCCCAGAGCUUUCCUUUAAAAUUUUGCGCUAUCUGGACACAGCUUCGCUGUGCCGAGCAGCGCAGGUGUCUCCUCGCUGGAGAGCCCUUGCGGAUGAUGACGUGGUGUGGCAUCGGAUGUGCGAGCAGCACAUUCGUCGAAAGUGCAACAAAUGCGGAUGGGGUCUACCACUUUUGGAUCGCAAACGUCUACGUGAAGCGAAACGCGAAAUCGAGCUGCGCGCCACAACAUGGGGUAACAAUCAACCUUCGGCAGGUCCCACCGAAGGAGUCAUGAAUGGCACCUGCGCGGGCGCUGAGAUUCUCACCGGUGGCAAGCGAAAGGUUGAGUCAGAUGACCACGAUACCGCGAUCGCCAAGCGCCAUUGUGUGUCGCCGGCCCAUGCUGAAGAAGAUGAUGAUGAGUAUUUCAAGACUCGAUACCGUCCCUGGAAAGAUGUGUAUCGCGAUCGCUUCGUGGUUGGUAUGAACUGGAAACACCGGCGUUGCUCGGUCAAAGUAUUCAGAGGCCACACCGAUAGCGUCAUGUGUCUGCAGUUCGAGGACAACAUUUUAAUGACCGGGUCUUAUGAUGCCACAAUCAAGAUCUGGGACAUGGAGACGGGCGAAGAGCUGCGCACGCUCCGAGGCCACAAUGCUGGUGUGCGCUGUCUUCAAUUUGAUGACACAAAACUGAUCACUGGCAGCUUAGAUCGCAGCGUGAGAGUGUGGAACUGGCGCACGGGCGAAUGUAUUUCCAAGUACAAUGGCCACUCCGAAGCGGUCAUAGCUCUCCACUUUGAUUCCACUCUUCUUGCGUCUGCAUCGGUGGAUCGGACUGUGAAGAUUUGGAAUUUCAAGGAUAAGUCGACCUUCAUUCUCCCGCAUCCAGAGGGGGUCAAUGCCGUCAAAAUCGACACCCCAUCGCGCACAGUCCUGUCGGCUUGUGAUGAUGGUGCUGCCCGCCUGUGGGAUCUCGACACCAAGACGUGCCUUCGUGUUUUCCACAACCAUAUCGGAGCCGUCCAGCAAGUUGUUGCCUUGCCGCGAGAGAUCGAGCUCGAGAACCACCUGGCCGACUGUGAGAACGAUCACAUCAGUACUUCCUCCCAGAAUGGUGAUACAGCUGCGAACAUUCUGUCGCCUCUGCUGGAGUCGAAAACCCUCUCGGUGCAGCCUUCUUCCUUUGGGUCAUCCUUUGAUCAGGAUCAGGAUCGCCAGGACCCUCCACGGUACAUCAUUACCAGUGGCGUGGAUGCCACAAUUCGCUUGUGGGAGACGAGCACGGGAAGAUGUCUCCGGACCUUCUUCGGACAUUUGGAAGGGAUUUGGGCCCUUUCGGCUGACACCCUGCGAAUUGCUUCGGGUGGACUGGACCGCAUGGUCAAAAUCUGGGACCCGCGCAUUCCCACCUGCCAGGACACCUACGAAGGUCACUCGGCCGCUGUGAACUGCAUCGGGCUCAGUGACAGUCGGUUUAUCACCGGAGGUGACGACUACCAAGUCCGUAUGUAUGAUUUCCGCGCUUGA